UAUUUACCAUAACAGCGGUACAUGUAGUUACUGCAGCUGCCUUACACUGAAUGAAACACUUCAGAGACUCGGCCUGCGUUUCUUAAGGAAAAGGUGGAACAAGCUGCAAAACUUACACCCUGAGUUUCCCUCCAAUAUGGACCUAAAGCCGCUGUAGCUCAUGGCAGACCACCUGCCAGAAUGCUACAUUAUUUGACACAAACAUUGAAGCCUCAGCUCUUUGCUUAACACAGUCAGCUGUUUACAGAGAACCAGCGGACGCAUGUCGCGGCUUCGGACCACACUCGACAGUGUUACCAAGGCAGUUGGCAGCACAGACCUCAUCUCCAAAUUCUCCCGUCUAAAACCCGGUAAUGCUGCAGUUGACAGCACCCAUGCCGAAAAAGUUCUGGCCAAAGCUGAGAGCGUAACCUCAAACAACACAGCUGCCGCCUCACCACCUGAAACCACCAUGAAAGAAGAGGGAGAAGGUGAGAAGAGAGCGGAGAAGGAAGAGUCAGACAAGCCACGGCAGCAAGUUACAGAGCAGCCUUUUAUCGCGGCAAAGAAGUCCACUUUGGCUUCAUCAAGCUCCUCCUCUGCUGUGGCGAAACAAACCAUGCAGCUGUUCCACCCAACUGCUCUGUCCACCAACAUGGAUGAGACCUACAAGACUCUGGCCACCCACAUCAAUAGUUACUUCGGCACCAAUGCAUCAGGAGAAGAUGGAAAGAACAGGCAACACUCAGAAGGGGAUGAUCCUGUUUCCGAACAUGUUACUCGUCUUGCCUCUCAGAGAGCAGAGGACCACAUUCCCGUUUUGUCUCCAGUGUCUGAGGCAAAAAGUAUUGAAGCACCCACUACCUCUCCAUCAGAUAAGCUCAGUCCUCCUGCAGAGGCUACCUCAUCUGAAACACCUGCAGCAGAAGGUGCAGCUCAGUCCACCCCUGCACCGACUACCUCCCCAAAAAAAGGCUUCACCCACUACCUGUCCUACCCCCGACCCAGCGUUCAGGCGUUUGUCGGCAGCUACAUUGCACCUCUGGUCCCCAAAUUUAGAGGCGAUUCCAAAAAAAUAACAGCUGAAAAAGACAAAUCGUCAGCAGUGGCUGUGGAUGAGGCUGCUGCGGAGAAGGCAGUGCAGAAGGCAGAUAGUGAAGAGGAGAAAGCUGAGAAAGCGAAGCAACAGCUGCUACUUCAAAGAGAAAAGAUCAUAGCCAGUGUGAGUGUAGACAACAGGACCAGAGCCCUGGUGAAAGGCCUGCAGAGGGUCACUGAUGUCAAACUCCUCACCACUCGAGUGGAGGAGCUCAGCUAUCAUCUCCUAGAGUUCCCUGAGACACGAGGUGUGGCCAUCAAGGAGAGCGUGCUGCCCUGCCUGCUACGAUUCCGCCAGGCCAGAGACCUUCCUCUUCAGGCUGCAGUGAGAGAAGCCCUGGCUGUGGUUGGCUACACCGAGCCGGUCAAAGGCAGAGGAAUUAGGGUCCUGGCCAUAGAUGGAGGAGGAACAAGGGGACUGCUGGCCCUGCAGACUCUCCACAAACUGCAGGACCUGACUGGGAAACGAAUUCACCAGCUCUUCGACUACAUCUGUGGAGUCAGCACAGGGGCCAUCUUAGCGUUCAUGCUGGGGAUUUUUCAGAUCCCCCUUGAGGAGUGCGAGGAGAUGUACAGGAAGCUCGGCUCGGACGUGUUCAAACAGAAUGUGAUCGUUGGAACUGUGAAGAUGGGCUGGAGCCAUGCUUUCUAUGACAGCGAAAUCUGGGAAAAUAUCCUCAAAGAACGGAUGGGUGAGGGUCGUAUGAUUGAGAGUGCCAGGGACCCACACUGCCCUAAAGUGUCAGCAGUGAGCACCAUUGUGAACAGAGGUUUGCCUCUGAAGGCCUAUGUGUUCAGGAACUACAGACUCAUGCCAGGAGUGAGAUCCCACUACCUUGGAGACUGCAAACACAAGAUGUGGCAGGCUAUCAGGGCCUCGUCUGCCGCCCCGGGCUACUUCCAAGAAUUUGUUCUGGGAAAAGACCUCCAUCAGGAUGGAGGACUUCUAAUCAACAACCCCACAGCUUUGGCCAUUCACGAGUGCAAGUGUCUGUGGCCAAACACACCUCUGCAGUGCGUGUUGUCUCUGGGCACCGGACGGUACGAGACAGCGGGCAAGAACAGCACAACCUACACAAGCUUAAAAACCAAGCUCUCCCACGUCAUCAGCAGCGCCACGGAUACCGAGGAGGUGCACACCAUGCUGGACGCCCUCCUGCCACCGGACACCUACUUCCGCUUCAACCCCUACAUGACCGAGGACAUCCCGCUGAACGAGAACCGCGUCGAGAGGCUGAACUUCAUGAAGGGCGAGGGGGAGCGCUAUCUGGAGCGCAACGAGGCCAAGCUGAGGAAGGCGGCCAGCGUGCUGGGUCAGGAGAAGAGCACCAUCCAGAGACUGGCCGAGUGGGCCAAACUCAAGGGCGACAUGUACGAGGGUCUCCCGUUCGUCUCCAAGCUGUAGUUGUAAGAAAGGCAAGACAAACUAAAGAGUUUUGAAGGUAAGAUAACACGCAGUGUAAAAAGACUCAAGAGACUAAAUAAUAGGUGGAAAAAAAUUUCCGAACUGGGAACUAAGCAUCUCUGGAGGCGAGAAGUCUGUUUACAUGGUUUGGUCAUCAUCUACCUAACACUAAAAGAUGAUUAUUUAUUAAUAUUCAGACAAUAUCAUCAAUAAUGGUGUGAAAUAACACGUGUUGUAAUUUUUGUUGGAUGGAAAGUGUCUACGAUGGAGACAGAAUGAUGUACUUUAAAAAGAAUUCAGCAGGUUUUUACACUCUGAGGAAAUCCUUCACUUGGCUGAAGAAAGAAAGGAAAGGUAUGAAUUUAAAAGUGUUGGUUUGGAACGCACAAAGACGGGAAUGUGAGGCCGGCACAUGUCCGUGGCAUGAUACCUGUACAGAAAAAGAUAAAUAAUGCCAACAUGAUGGUUUAACUGUGCUAUUUUAUUUUUAAAAACUGAUGUUUUUCAGUAACUUGAAUACGUUAGGGUGUAGUUAUUAAAGGAUUGCACAGUGAUAACAAAAAAAAACGUUACUGCCUAUUUGUGACACUGUACAGAAGAAACAAACCUCAUGCACUUUGUAAAAUAGAGCUCUUGGUGGGAAAAGGAACUGUACAUAAUAUUUAAAGUAAUUUGAAUAAUUCUGAGUGCUCUUGCUAGAGUUUAAGAAUAUGACAAAAGGAAAUACUAGAUAUUCACAAGCAGCCACUCGGAAAUGAGUUCUGAUACUUAAAAUAAAGUAUGAGGAUGUGAUUACUGUAAUCCUCAUUGCACAGAGCAUGUCUGUUCUACUUAGAGUAAUGAAUGGGGCCCCAUUAGUUAAUUUAAUACUUUUAAACUCGGUCAAGCCUGAAUUCCUCGAUUCUGCCGAUUGUUGUUGUACACUUUCUAAAUCGAUCACUCUUUUUACAUUGUGAGAUCCUAAUUGCCUUGAUUCCUCCAUUCUUCAUUGCUAGUGAAAUAAAAAAACAAACAUGUCAUGAAAUAAUAAAACUUGGUUGUUAAAACCAAUUUUUUGA